CUGGGUUAGGGUUCCGCCCACCGAGGUAUCUGAUCGUAGGGCAGACAGGCAGAGAGUGUAAAAUGGCGCACAGCUGUCGGUGGCGGUUCCCUGCUCGGCCCGGAGGGAGCAGCAACUCCGGUACCGGGAGGAGAGCGGGCCGAAUCAGGGUUUCUGCCUUUUUGCGGAGUGUAUCGGGAGCUCAGCCUAACGCAGCUGGACUCGGACCCGGGUUUGACGCUGCACUACAGGUCUCUUCGGUUAUCGGGAGCAACCUGCAGAAAUUUCGUGAGGUUUUGGGGGAAUCGAGCGACUCGAGCAGCGCAGAGGAUGAAGCUUUUGCAGGAUUUGGAGUGACUGCUGAACAAACAGAAAUACAGAGCCCUUCAGAAACUUCUCCAGCCCCACCCAUACAAGAGAAGAAGCCCAGAGGCCGUCCACCACGUGUCCUGACUGCCCAGAAAGCUGCUUCAAGUUUACCUUCCCUCUCGUCCUAUCCUUCCCCGACACAGGCAAAACCUGACGGACCUGAACGGCCAGCAGAAAAAGUAAAAAGGCUGCCCGGGAGACCACCUGGCACCGGAGAGAAGAGACGGGGACGUCCACCUUCUUCAAGCAAUAAAAAAGCUUGGAGCACAGGUAACCAUGUGGCAGGGGAGGACGGCAGGCAGGCUGGGUUUGAGUUGGGUGUGGAUGCAGAGGAAGAUAAGGACAGAAAAGGCAACAGGAGACUGUCAGUGGACUCUGCACAGCCUCUUGACACUGAGGCAAAGUUUCCCAAAGGUGGACGAAGUGAAUCCAAAGUUUCCAACCUGAAAAGGCUGACGGAGACUAAAAUCACCCCUCUCAAGUCACGUCUCAAAACUUUGCCUGGCGUACCCCGACGUAGACGUGGACGACCACCUUCAGCUGAGCGGCUCAAAGCUGAAGCAGCAGCAGCUGCUACUGCACAGCUGUCUACCUCCAUUGAAGGCGGAGAAGGAAAACAUAAGACUUUUAGGGUCCGAGGUGGAGACAACGGCAUUGAACCACACAACCCUCAGCAGUCCAUGCUACGGAACAUGGAUGGUGCUGAAAAUCAGGACUCUUCCAAUCCACCUGCCUCCCCGUCUCCCUCUAAACCAGGUAGACCAGUAGGCCUUAGGAAAAGUCCUCGGCAUAGAAAGCCCGUUAGAAUUGUUCCCCCUUCUAAACGAACAGAUGCAACCAUCGCCAAACAGCUGCUGCAGCGCGCUAAGAAAGGGGCACAGAAGCGGCUGGAGAAAGAGGCCAUUGUGGGGAGUGGCUCAGGGGCCACUGAGGCUGGCAUCAGAAAGACCCAACUGAAGAACAUUAGGCAGUUCAUCAUGCCUGUGGUCAGCACUGUUUCCCUUCGCAUCAUUAAAACUCCAAAGCGCUUCAUUCAAGAUGAGGGCAGUUUUGGAACUCCCCAACCCCAUGCAAAGAUAGCACGGUUGGAGACACCCCCUUCAUCUGUCCCGACACCUGCCCAACCAACAUCUACCACCUCCUCAUCACCUUCUCCUGCCCUUGUGUCUGUUACUCCUGCUUCUACUAGCAGUGGUGCAACUGCUCCUGUUGAAUCUCUCCCUCCUCCAUCAUCUCCUGUCCCUACACCCACUGUCCCAGCAACAGCUUCCAGUCUGCUCAACAGCAACACCAGUAACGCAGCCAAUGGUAGAUUUAGCCAUAGCGCGCUGUCUUGCGGCUCAAGUGUUGUCUCACAGCAUUCCUCCCAACUAUCCUCUGCGGAGUCUUCCAGGUCCAGCAGCCCGAGCUUGGAUGACUCAUCUUGUGACUCCCAGGCUUCUGAGGCCACACAGGCCCUGUCAGAGCCAGAGGAUCAUUCCCCGUCCUCACAGGAAGAAAGGGUGGCUAACCUGUUAAACAGCUCAAGGCUUGCUUCUCCUCCUUCUGAACCAGAGCCGGAGACGAGUCGAAGAGGUCGGAGAGCUCAAGGAGCUAGCCAGGGAAGUCAGAAACAGAGAGUGAGAGAGAGUCUCCCUACUGGGGUUAAAAAGCCACUCAUCAGCCCACCAACAGGAGUGCUGAUGACCUCCUCUACUCUUGGAAAUUCUCAGCAAACUUCAUCCACAGCCUCAUCUCCCUCUUCACCUCCUCCUCCUCCUCUCCUUGCUGCUCCACAACUGCCCCUAUCAAGCUCCUCUAAUACAGCUGCUAUCAGUGAACAUCAUGCCCAGUCCUCCUGGAUGCCUCACACAAUUCCAUCGUUCAUGCCGGGGCCGUCAGUGCUUUCCAGCUUGUCAGACAAACGGAGCCGUUCGAUUCUGAGAGAGCCCACCUUCCGCUGGACAUCCCUUUCCCAUCCUAAAGAGCAGUGCAUUUCCUCUGCUAAAUACGCCAAGGAGGGUCUCAUUCGAAAGCCUAUAUUUGACAAUUUCCGUCCUCCACCUCUUACACGUGAAGACGUGGGAUUGUUGCCUGGAGCAGGAGGAUCCGGUUCAGUUACAUUUCCAGCACCAGGCUCAGGAGCAGGUAGUCGUCUGUUUGCUUCUCUUCACCCCCAUACCCACCACCAGCAUCCCGCAUCAUCCCGCUUCGAUGCAUCCCUCCAAAAGCGCAGUCCAUUGCUCCGUGCUCCACGUUUUACACCCAGUGAGGCCCACUCCCGAAUAUUUGAGUCUGUUACCCUGCAGUCAUCUUCCGGGAGCAGCCCCGGUUCUCUCUCACCACAUCAGACAUCCCCUAGUUCAAGAAGACCCCAGCGGCGCAGCAAACGAGUGGUCCAGGGACCACAGCGUGGCCAUCCACAGUCCCCAUUACACACUAUGACCAGACGCAGCAGCCAAAUAAGAGAGCAGAUGUCUGCUGGUAAAGGUGCCUCUGAGAUGUCUGGGCUGACAGGAUCUGUCUCCAGUAGUAACUCCAGCUCAUUGCCAGGGGUUUCUGCAAGUUCACUAGCCACUAGUGCCUUAACGCCUGCUCCUUUCAGCACCUUCUCCACUGUCUCUCGGGGUCUGGCCUCACAAGGAACACCGGAUAGCAGAAAAGGGGCAGCUGGAACUCCAUCUCCCAUGUCAAACACAUCGUCCGCUUCUUCCCCACUUUUCCCUCUAUUUCCUUCCAGUGCUCAGGACACAGGCCGAGGAGGAGGUAAAGGAGUUAAAGACAAAAGCUCAACUCCCCAAGAACCUACUCCAAAAGAAAAAGAAAGGGAGACUGAGAGAAAUCGUGAGAAAGAGAAGGAAAACAAGAGGGAAGGGAGGAAGGAGUUUGAAAGAAGAAGUAAGGUGUCCACGCCGGACGGCUCCCCAAAUGCACCUUCCAGCUUGUUUGCUGUGGACGGGAGAGACUCCGAAGGCGCUCUUGCACCAAAAAAGACUCCAGGCAGAAAAAAGUCAACAUCUGUGGAAGCAGUUUCUGACACUGCUUCCCCAGAAGUGAGAGGACUUCAUUCCAUGUCCAUCACUAAAGGACGUCAAGCAAAGAAAGGGCGACCCUCUGAGAAAGGGGCAGAGGCAGAAGAGGUGGAAAAGGAGAAAGAGAAACGAAGUACCAGUACAUUAAACCAGCAGACUGCUAACCUUCCAGGGCAGCAAGGUAGACAUAACAUUCCUGUCUCUUUGAUGGUAACGCAAGCAGAGCAGCAUUCGUUGACUGACAGACAGCUGUUUGGGCUUCUGAAGAAGGCCAAAGACCAGCUGAUUGCAAUAAAGAAGAAUAAGCUGAAGCCUGCUGAUCAGACUAAGGUCCAGGGUCAGGAGAGUGACUCGUCAGAAACCUCAGUUCGUGGUCCACGUAUUAAGCAUGUAUGCCGUCGUGCAGCUGUGGCUCUUGGCCGGAAUCGAGCAGUAUUCCCUGACGACAUGCCCACACUCAGUGCCUUGCCAUGGGAGGAGAGAGAAAAGAUCUUAUCUUCCAUGGGGAAUGAUGAUAAGUCAUCAGUAGCGGGCUCAGAGGAGGCGGAGCCCCAGUCUCCUCCCAUCAAGCCACGGGAGAUGCGACAAAAAGUUGUUCAAGAAGCUCCUCCCAAAAAGGGGCGCCGGUCGCGUCGCUGCGGCCAGUGCUCGGGCUGCCAGGUUCCAGAGGACUGUGGCGUCUGCACUAACUGUCUGGACAAGCCCAAGUUUGGAGGGCGGAACAUUAAAAAGCAGUGCUGCAAAAUGAGAAAGUGUCAGAACUUGCAGUGGAUGCCCUCAAAGAUGGUUCUUCUAAAACAAGGUAAAGGCAAGAAGGACAAGAAAAAGAAGUUCUCUGAGAAAAAAGAAGGUCUCAAUCCUGUAAAAGGGCCCAACUCAGAGCCAGGCACCAAACCUGCUCCUGCUGCGCCAAAGGAGGAUCCUCUCCUUAAAAACACAGAAACUCCUCCAUUAAAGCUGGGAGACGAGAAGUCAAGACAGCAGCCACAGUCAAAGCAAUCAUCUCCAGCGCUGGCCUCGUCUCCCGCCCCAGACGAACCCACUCAGACCCCGAGCACCACUCAAUCUCCAGCUCCGACUCUGGAACUCCAACAACUCCCAGUCACGAGCAGUUUUGCCAGUAAAAAGGGACACAAACCACAGCAACCUGUUCAAACGCAUACUUCCACGUCCUCUUCCCCUUCUUCAUCUUCAUCCUCAUCGUCGUCCUUCUCGUCCUCACCGACUCAGAAUUCCCUGUCCCAGUCGACACAGUGUCAUCAACUUUCACAGGAGCAGCCGCCUGCAUGUCAGACACUUUCAAAAAAGGACUCAUCACCCAAGAGUUUUGUGAGCGAACCCAAGAAGAAGCCCCAGCAGUCCUCAACACAACAGCAGAGUUCAACUGCAACAGCUGACUCCAAACAGUUGAAGAUGCAACCUUCUCGCACCAUUCCUCCAUUUCCUAAGCAGAAACCAAAAGACAAGCCGCUGAGCACUAAACCUCCCAGCAGCAGUACUUUAAACUCGCUGAGCACUCCCUCGACUAGGGAGCUGGUGAAGUCCAGAGCGCCCUGCGACGGAGUGCAUCGUAUCAGAGUGGAUUUUAAGAGGGAUCAGGACGUGGAAAAAGUGUGGGAGGCUGGUGGCCUCAGCCUGCUCACCUCUGUGCCCAUCACACCCAGGGUGCUUUGCUUUCUGUGUGCGAGCAGUGGCAACGUUGAGUUCGUCUUUUGCCAGGUCUGCUGUGAACCGUUCCAUCUCUUUUGCCUCGGGGAGUCCGAGCGCCCCCUCCAAGAGCAGUUUGAGAACUGGUGUUGCCGAAGAUGCCGAUUCUGCCAGGCCUGUGGGCGCCAGCACCAGAAAGCUAAACAGCUGCUCGAGUGUGAUAAGUGCCGUAAUAGCUAUCACCCAGAGUGCCUGGGUCCCAACUACCCCACCAGACCCACCAAGAAGAACAGAGUCUGGAUUUGCACCAAGUGCGUGCGAUGUAAGAGCUGCGGAGCUACCAAACCUGGGAAGUCCUGGGAUGCCCAGUGGUCACAUGAUUUCUCCAUGUGUCAUGACUGUGCCAAACUUUUUACUAAAGGGAACUUCUGCCCUCUGUGUGAUAAGCACCAUGAUGAUGAUGACUCUGACAGCAAGAUGAUGAAGUGUAGUCGCUGCAACAGAUGGGUUCAUGCCAAGUGUGAGAAGCUUACAGAUGAAAUGUCUGAACUGCUGUCGUUGCUGCCAGAAAGCGUUGCCUACGCUUGCACCAAAUGCACUGAACGCCAUCCGGCCAAGUGGAGGACGACACUGGAGAGGGAGUUUCAAGGCUGCAUUCGCAACGUCCUCAACGCACUGCUCAUCUCGCGCACAUCCACACACCUGCUGCGCUACAGACAGGCUGUGAAGCCUCCAGAGCUGAAUCCAGAGACAGAGGAGAGUCUUCCAUCCCGUCGUUCCCCCGAGGGUCCAGAUCCCCCAGUUCUUACUGAGGUCACUCCCACACCUCCAAGCGAUUCCCCUCCAGACCUUGAGUCCAUUGAGAAAAAGAUGAAUCAGGGUCGUUACAACUCACUGCUGGAGUUUAGUGAUGACAUCGUGCGAAUCAUUCAGACAGCCAUCAGCGGUGACGGAGGCCAGCCUGAGAGUAGGAAAGCCAACAGUAUGGUGAAGACUUUCUUCAUUCGGCAAAUGGGCCGAAUCUUCCCGUGGUUCAAAGUGAAAGAAUCCAGGUUUUGGGAAAGGCGAAAAGUCUCUGCCAACAGUGGGCUCCUUCCCAAUGCUGUGCUGCCCCCAUCUCUAGACCACAACUACGCCCAGUGGCAGGAGAGGCAGGAGCUGUGUCGUGCUGAACAUCCUCAUUUGAUGAAAAAAAUCAUCCCAGCUCCACAGCCGAAGGCACCCGGGGAACCCGAUUUACCAGCGCCCUCUCCUCUGCUCCCUCCCUCUCUACCUCCACCACCUGCACUCGUACCAGAUUGUGAAGACAGCCCAGAGCUUCCUCCUCCACCAGACGUCACCGAUAACAGGCAGUGUGUUUUGUGUCUCGAGUAUGGAGACGAGAACACAAAUGAGUGUGGCAGGCUGUUGUACAUCGGUCAGAACGAGUGGACUCACGUGAACUGCGCUCUCUGGUCUGCUGAGGUGUUCGAAGACGACGACGGCUCUUUGAAAAAUGUUCACAGGGCUGUCCACAGGGGGAGACAAAUGCGCUGUGAGAGGUGUGAAAAGUCAGGGGCCACAGUCAGCUGCUGCCUCGCCUCGUGCAACGGUAACUACCACUUCAUGUGCGCCCGUCAGAGCCACUGCGUGUUCUUGGAAGACAAGAAGGUCUACUGUUCAAAACACAGAGACCUCAUCAAAGGAGAUGUUGUGUCUGGGUUUGAGGUGACCCGCAGGAUUCUGGUGGACCUGGAGGGCAUCAGUCUCAGGAGGAAGUGGCUGGCAGGACUGGAGCCAGAAAAAGUCCACAUGAUGAUUGGUUCUAUGACAAUUGAUUGUUUGGGAAUACUGACUGAACUCUCAGACUGUAAACGGAAGCUCUUCCCUGUAGGGUACCAGUGUUCAAGGGUGUACUGGAGCACAUUAGAUGCUCGAAAGCGCUGUGUGUACACCUGUAGGAUAUUAGUUUGCCACACUCCAGUGACAGAGUCUAACCUAAAAAGCCUGUUGCCUCCUGAGGAGAAUCGCACCAUUGUACACAGCCCACCUCCCGUAACAGUGCAGCUCUUGAGCGCCAAAGCACUUCUCUUGGCUGGCGUGGGACCGGUGGUCGAAUUGAGUCCAAGUCUGGGUGAAAAAUGUCCCGAUGGACUACGGAAAUGGCUCUGGAGCUUUUGGCGCACCUCCCCGCUUACAAGUCCUUGUGGGCCGGCUACCAGUUCUCCAGAUUCAUUGAUGGGUCUGGACUGGUUCUGCUCCGGUUCUGCUCUGGUUUGGCGUGCCUCCAUGGAGCUGCCGCUUGCUGUGAGGUUCAGACAGCUCAAGGCCACCUCGAGGGAAACAGUUGGAGUCUACAGGUCUCCUAUUCACGGCCGUGGCUUGUUCUGCAAGAAAACCAUUGAAGCUGGGGAAAUGGUCAUCGAAUACUCUGGAAAUGUCAUUCGGUCUGUGCUCACUGACAAACGGGAGAAAUACUACGAUGGGAAGGGGAUCGGCUGUUACAUGUUUCGCAUCGACGACUACGAGGUGGUAGACGCUACAGUGCAUGGCAACGCCGCCCGCUUCAUUAACCACUCCUGUGAGCCCAACUGCUUCUCUCGAGUCGUCACCGUGCACGGCCAGAAGCACAUCGUCAUCUUCGCGUCUCGCCGCAUCUACCGCGGGGAAGAGCUCACGUACGACUACAAGUUCCCUAUCGAAGACGCCAACAAUAAGCUGCUGUGCAACUGCGGAGCGAAGAAGUGCCGCAAGUUCCUCAACUGAUGCCUCCAACCUGAAGAGGACUCUGGGGCAGUGGUGCCACGAGGUACAGAAGAUCCCCCAGCCUGCUGUUCUUUGCCAUGGUUUUGUGGUUUCUGUUACAUCAGCAGCUGCAGGUGUGGGCAAACUGGGUCAUACUGUAUUUUCAGGAAGGGCCGUAUGUAAAAAUUCAAACAUAUUGUGCCUCCUUUUCUCUGUUUUACAUUGAGAGUUUCACCUGGAGCGGUGACUUAAGAAUCACGUAAUUGCAAUAUUUCUAUUUGGAUGAUAGCUCAUGGUUUUAUUUUUUUUACAU